GCAGGAUGCUGGUGGCAGUAGAGGGGGCCGGCCGGGUGCCUCCGCAGCUCAGCUGGCAGGGCCCUGUGGGGCGUGUGUGGCUGCUGGUGCGCGCCCCCAGCCCCACGCCUCCCCAUGCAGCCCUGGCAGUGCCUCAGGCGCUUUGCCCUGGCCUGGUGGGAGAGGACCGCCGAGGGUCGCGCCCGUUCUCCCAGGGAGGAGGUUGGACCGAGGGACCCUGGGGGCCGAGGGGAGCCAGGGCUCCAGCGAGCGGCGGGAGGGAAGCCGGCAGGACUCUGCUCCCUCUGUUUAAAGUCUCCAGAUCCGGAGCGGAGCAGCCCCCCCAUGCUGUCUGCCGACGAUGCCGAGUACCCUCGGGAGUACCGGACCCUGGGGGGUGGGGGCGGAGCGGGCAGCGGGGGCCGGCGCUUCUCCAACGUGGGGCUGGUGCACACCUCCGAGCGCCGGCACACGGUGAUCGCUGCCCAGAGCCUGGAGGCCCUCAGCGGGCUCCAGAAGGCCGAUGCUGACCGCAAGCGAGAUGCGUUCAUGGACCACCUGAAGAGCAAGUACCCUCAGCAUGCCCUGGCUCUGCGAGGUCAGCAAGACAGGAUGCGAGAGCAGGUCGGCGGCUGGACCGUGGACCCUGUGUGCCUCCUCAGUUCCCUCUGUUCCCACCUCCACGGCGACUCCACCCCCUCAGGGGCUGGCCAGCCUGCCCAGCAACCAAACUACUGGAGUUUCAAGACCCGCAGCUCGCGCCAUACGCAGGGAGCCCAGCCAGGGCUAGCAGACCAGGCAGCCAAGCUGUCCUACGCCUCGGCUGAGUCGCUGGAGACAAUGUCCGAGGCCGAGCUGCCCCUGGGCUUCAGCAGGAUGAACCGCUUCCGACAGAGCUUGCCUCUCUCCCGCUCUGCCAGCCAGACCAAGCUGCGCUCACCAGGGGUCCUGUUCCUGCAGUUCGGAGAGGAGACACGACGUGUACACAUCACACAUGAGGUCAGCAGCCUGGACACGCUGCACGCACUCAUCGCGCAUAUGUUCCCGCAGAAGCUCACCAUGGGCAUGCUUAAGUCGCCCAACACCGCCAUCCUCAUCAAGGACGAGGCUCGCAACGUCUUCUACGAGCUGGAAGACGUCCGGGAUAUCCAAGACCGAAGUAUCAUCAAGAUCUAUAGGAAGGAGCCGUUGUAUGCUGCAUUUCCUGGCUCACACCUCACCAACGGUGAUCUCCGGAGAGAAAUGGUUUACGCGUCGCGGGAGUCGUCGCCCACGCGGCGCCUCAACAACCUGUCGCCCGCAUCGCACCUAGCAUCUAGCUCCCCGCCUCCAGGGCUGCCAUCGGGGCUGCCUUCGGGACUGCCGUCGGGCUCACCUUCACGUUCACGCCUCUCCUAUGCUGGGGGCCGGCCGCCCUCUUACGCCGGCAGCCCGGUACACCACGCGGCUGAGCGACUGGGAGGCGGCCCGACCAGCCAAGGCGUGAGCCCCAGCCCCAGCGCCAUCCUGGAGCGGCGUGACGUGAAGCCAGAUGAGGACCUGGCGGGCAAGGCGGGCGGCAUGGUGCUGGUGAAGGGCGAGGGCCUCUACGCCGAUCCCUACGGGCUGCUGCACGAGGGCCGCCUGAGCCUGGCCGCCGCGGCGGGAGACCCAUUCGCAUACCCGGGCGCGGGCGGCUUGUACAAGCGGGGCUCCGUGCGCUCGCUCAGCACCUACUCGGCCGCCGCGCUGCAGUCCGACCUGGAGGACUCGCUGUACAAGGCGGGCGCCGGCGGCCCGCUCUACGGAGACGGCUAUGGCUUCCGUCUGCCGCCCUCGUCCCCGCAGAAGCUGGCCGACGUCUCGGCGCCCUCCGGGGGACCUCCACCCCCGCACAGCCCCUACUCGGGGCCGCCCAGCCGCGGCUCGCCGGUGCGCCAGUCCUUCCGCAAAGAUUCGGGCUCCUCGUCGGUCUUUGCUGAGAGUCCUGGAGGCAAGGCCCGCAGCACCGGGAGUGCCUCCACGGCCGGAGCACCACCUUCUGAACUCUUCCCUGGACCUGGGGAACGCUCCCUCGUAGGGUUCGGGCCGCCGGUGCCAGCCAAAGACACAGAGACCAGGGAGCGCAUGGAGGCUAUGGAGAAGCAGAUUGCCAGCCUCACUGGACUCGUACAGAGUGCCCUACUGCGAGGCUCAGAGCCGGAGACCCCAAGUGAGAAGGUUGAAGGCUCCAAUGGAGCAGCCACGCCCUCAGCACCCGUGUGUGGGUCAGGCAGUAAGAGUAGCGGGGCCACUCCGGUGUCUGGCCCUCCCCCGCCCUCGGCCAGCAGCACCCCUGCAGGACAGCAACCCACUGCUGUCAGCCGUCUGCAGAUGCAGCUGCAUCUGCGUGGCCUACAGAACAGCGCUAGCGACCUGCGUGGCCAGCUUCAGCAGUUGCGCAAGCUCCAGCUCCAGAACCAGGAGUCGGUGCGCGCGCUGCUGAAGCGCACCGAGGCGGAGCUGAGCAUGCGCGUGUCGGAGGCGGCGCGGCGGCAGGAGGACCCGCUGCAGCGGCAGCGCACCCUGGUGGAGGAGGAGCGUUUGCGUUACCUCAACGACGAGGAGCUCAUUACUCAGCAGCUCAAUGACCUCGAGAAGUCAGUGGAGAAGAUCCAGAGGGACAUGGCCCAUAACCACCGGCUGGUGCCUGGUCCUGAGUUGGAAGAGAAGGCGCUGGUGCUGAAGCAGCUUGGGGAGACGCUGACAGAGCUCAAGGCUCAUUUCCCAGGCCUGCAGAGUAAGAUGCGGGUAGUGCUGCGCGUAGAGGUGGAGGCAGUGAAGUUCCUGAAGGAGGAACCUCAACGCCUUGACGGGCUCCUCAAGCGCUGCCGGGGGGUCACUGACACGCUGGCCCAGAUCCGAAGGCAAGUGGAUGAGGGUAUGUGGCCUCCCCCCAACAACCUCCUGAACCAGUCCCCCAAGAAGGUGGCAGCUGAAACCGACUUCAGCAAAGGCUUGGAUUUUGAAAUACCACCCCCGAGUCCGCCACUGAAUCUCCACGAGCUGAGUGGACCUGCCGAAGGCACCCCUCUCACCCCAAAGAGCAGUAACCCCACCAAAGGCCUGGACGCUCCCAGCAAGAGAAACACGGACAAAGCUGUGUCUGUUGAGGCUGCGGAGAGAGACUGGGAAGAGAAGCGGGCAGCCCUGACCCAGUACAGCGCCAAGGACAUCAACCGGCUGCUGGAGGAGACCCAGGCUGAGCUGCUCAAGGCUAUCCCCGACCUGGACUGUGCCAGCAAGACCCACCCAGGCCCUACUCCCACUCCAGACCACAAGCCCCCUAAGGCACCCCAUGGUCAGAAGGCAGCCCCCCGGACAGAGCCCAGUGGGCGAAGAGGAUCAGAUGAGCUCACAGUGCCCCGGUACCGCACAGAGAAGCCCUCCAAGUCACCCCCGCCGCCCCCUCCCCGCCGGAGCUUCCCUUCCUCCCAUGGCCUGACCACCACGCGCACUGGAGAAGUUGUGGUCACCAGUAAGAAAGACUCAGUCUUCAUCAAGAAGGCCGAGUCGGAGGAGCUGGAGGUCCAGAAACCCCAGGUGAAGCUGCGCCGUGCUGUGUCAGAGGUGGUCCGCCCCGCUUCCACGCCGCCCAUUAUGGCCUCUGCCAUCAAGGAUGAGGACGAUGAGGAGAGGAUCAUUGCAGAGCUGGAGGUGUUUGAAAGGAGUUCAGUAUCUUCCCUCCCCCCCACGCCCCGCCGCCAGCCGAUCCCCACCUUGCUGUCCCCCCAGGACAUGGGGUCCCCUGGGGGCUCAGCUCUGGGCUCCCCACGGAAGAGUGGUGGUGGCAGCGUGCCACCCAUGAAGGUGGUGACUCCCGGAGCCUCGCGGCUGAAGGCGGCCCAGGGCCCAGCAGGCAGCCCCGAUAAAGGCAAACAUGGCAAGCAACGAACGGAAUACAUGAGGAUCCAGGCCCAGCAGCAGGCCACUAAACCAUCUAAAGAGAGCAAAAGAGAAAGCUAAAAACCAAACACACCAACUUCCCCCGACUUCCGGCCCCCUAGCGGCCUCUGCUCCGCCCACUUCCUGUCAUCUUCUUCCCCUCUGCUCUUUCACCCUCCUCCCCUCCCCUCCCCCCCCAAGUCCAUCCAAAGUUCCCACCUCCCCUAACUUCCCAAGAACACUUGGAACAAACUCUGAGCCACGGAGACUUGGAGCGGAGCGAGGCCCCCCUCCCGUCUGGGUUCCUUCCUGGAGGAACAGAUGGACAAGGACUGACCCAGCGUCAGGCUGGACAAUGGACAAGGGAGACCCUGGCCUUGGAGACGCCCCACUGUCUGUCCAGCCUUCGAAGAGACAGAACUCUGCUGCUGGCCUGUGGCUUUGCUUUCGAACCAGGGUGGGCCCGGAAGCAGGCCUAGCUGGAGGGGAUCCCCAGAGAAGAGGCCAAGGCUGGGUGUGAGGAGGGAAAGGGGGGACGCUAGGUGUCAGGGGAGAAGCCGGCUCGCUGCUGCUCAGUGUCCGGCUGGUGCUAGCAACAGAUGGAAGGAGGUCCCCAGGACACCUGUUAUGGAAGGUGCUUCUGGGGACAGCCUGCCCCCUGGGGAUCUGCCUUGGGAGAGGGCAGCCCUGGGAGGGGCAUCUGGUACUUUUAGUUCCCUAAUUUAGCACUUUAAAUGCCAUUAACUUAUUUUAUGGGGGUGGGGAAGAUGGAAGGGCCUAGAAACUUGUUUGGAGGGUGGGAAGGGUCUGGUGUGAGGGAUACAGGGAGAAGGGACGGGUGGGUGCAGUAAAGUCUCUGACCCCUAGAGGGCGCAACUUGACCUUCAGCCAGCCUCAAUGAUGUGAAGGUUUUCAGGGAAGGCAUGAGAUGUGACUUGCCGGUGGGGAUCUGGUGACCACUUGUCAGGUGUUUGAGGGUCCCCAAGGCAGAAGAGCCAGCUAGCACUCCAGUCUGGAUACCUUGCAGGGGUCCUGCACAGGACAGACUGGCUUUGGAUGGGUCCAGGAGUCAAAGGGAGAGGCUGACUUGGUUCUGGCCUGGCCCCCAUUAGGUACAGAGCGGCCAGAGCAAGAAGGGUGGAGGGGGCUUCCCUUUGGAGCACAAAGCAAAGUAAGCACAGAGGUGUGGUCUUGACCAGUCCCACAGAAGCACAGAGAGGAGCCAUUGAAGGGACAGAACCCCAGGACCCUGGCUCCCAGCCAGGGAGAGCCAAGUGGCACCUGUUGAGGGUUUGGGUUGGGAGGGAAAACUGGGUUGUGUUUCUUUUCUUUGAUUUCGUUUAUUUUUAUUUAUUUCUAAUUUUGUUUUGUUAGUUUGCUCUUGUUUUCUAGCUUUGGAUCAUUUUUGUACUAAGGCAAGCAAGCCUUUUUGAGAAAUAACAAAAGAAGAAGAAAAAAAUCCCUCCCAGAAAAAAAAAACAAAACAAAAAACAAAACAAAAAACAAAAAACAAAAAAACCCUAAAAAAUAGAAAAAAAAAAGGACCUCACAAUGAUGCAAUUACUUUUAAUUGCAAGCAACUCUUUACAUUUAAGUGAAGUGUCUUAACAUUUUAUAUUGUUUUAAAAAUAUAUUUACAUAUUAUAUAUAUAUAAUAUACGUAAUAUAAAUAUAUAUAA